GAGCGCGCAUGCGCAGACAGCUCACUCUCACACACACUGCAGCAGCACGGAGACCGCAGGACACUGGAUGAAUAGAGGGAGAAUAACCGUAAAUGUCCAGAUGGGAAUAUGUGGGUAGGGCAUGGCGACGUCCUAAAGAAGACAAAGACUUUUUAGAUAGCGACACCUCCACUGCCUCUUAUAACGCGGGACGUGGAGGAUCAUUGAGGAGAAAAACAGCCGAAUUCAUCUGGGGUACCAGAAUGGAUGAAACUCUCUGGGCAGAACCCCACUUUUAUUACCGAAUCGGCCCGAAAUAGAUGUGAAAAUAAGCCCAACCAAGUGUUUGAACAGCGACCUGACACAUGUAUGUUACAAAAUCUGAUCUGUGUGUGACAGAAAAAAGCAAAAGUCCGAUUUGAUGCGUUGAAUUCCUUCGGAGAGAUGUCAUCGUUGUAAGUGCUGGAUGUGACACUGCAGCUGUGAGUAUGGGAGAUCUGACCGACUCCAGAGAUCCGAAAAAGACUUUCAUUGUUCCUGCCAUCAAGUCUUUUGAUCAUUAUGAUAUUAAUAGAGCUAAAAUCAGAGCCAGCCUCAAAUGGCUGGUGGCCAAAGCCUUUGGUACAGACAGUGUUCCAGAAGACCUGAACGAGCCUUUCUACAGGGACCAGUAUGAGCAGGAGCACCUGAAGCCUCCGGUGGUGGGUCUUCUGCUGUCAGCUGAGCUGUACUGCCGAGCAGGGAGUCUGAUUUUAAAGAGCGAUGCUGUCAAACCUCUGCUGGGUCAUGACGCCGUCAUUCAGGCUCUGGCUCAGAAGGGCCUGUACGUCACCGACCAGGAGAGACUGGUGACCGAGAGAGACCUGCAGAAGAAACCCAUUCAGAUGAGCGCCCACCUGGCCAUGAUUGACACGCUGAUGAUGGCGUAUACAGUAGAGACAGUGAGUGUGGAGAAGGUGAUGGCCUGCAUGCAGCAAUACUCCACCGAUUACCCAGACGGAGACGUGCCCUACGACACAGAGGAUGCGGUCACUAGCUGGAUGAAUAAGGUGAAUGAAUACUUGAAAGAAAUCAUAAUGCAGGAGCAACGGAGGACGGAGGCGCAGAACGCAGAGCCUGUUGAGAAUCCAAAGUCUCCAACCAAGUGGUAUAUGAAGCUGGUUCCUGCACGUUAUAGGAAGGAGCAGGUUCUGCCCAAGAUGGUGCCGUGGAUCCCCCCAGUGGACAACCUCCUGAAGGACAGCACAGAUGGCUGUGCCCUCGCCGCCCUGCUGCACUUUUACUGCCCCGCCAUCGUCCUCCUGGGAGACAUUUGCCUAAAGGAGACCAUGUCGCUGGCAGACAGUCUGUACAACCUCCAGCUCAUCCAGGACUUCUGUAAGGAACACUUGAACCAUUGCUGCCACUUCAAUCUGGAGGACAUGCUCUACGCUCAUUCUUCCAUCAAAAAUAACUAUCUUGUGUUUAUGGCUGAGCUCUUCUGGUGGUUCGAGGUUGUUAAGCCGCCAUUCGUCCAGCCUCAGGUGUUGGAUACUGAAGCACCAGCCCCUUCACUGAAAAAUUUGCCAUCUGUGCCCAUCUCAAAGGUCACAAAGAGAAGUUUCAUGGAACGACCGCCUAGUCCAGACAGACCAAGUCUCCCGCUCCAACCUCAACCACAGACUUCAGGCUCAGGUGAGAUCAAGAGAUCAACCUCAAUGUCAUUUGUGGAAAGCUUCAUGGGUACUUGGCCCAAAGAGAAGAAGUCUGCUGCUCAGGGAGUGUUCUUUGAAAUCCCAUUUGAUAAAGAGAACACCAAUCAAACACCUACUGGCCGAGGGAUGACUCGGUCUGUCAGCACUGAAGGUUUUGGUUUCAAGAUGCCCCACGGCACCAGGGGCAUCAAGAGAAACCUGUCCUUUCAGCCUGUCAACAGCAAGAACAUGGGCAUUGAUGAGGAAGUCUGUCCUGACAGCCUGUCGGGAAAUCAUAAUGGCCGUCUAAAUGGCUCAGGGCCACCUAGCAUCAAAGAGGCCCUUGAGAUCAUCCACAACUCAGAGAAGAAAUCUCAGAGCCCUAGGGUCCAUGCGCCCAGUGAGGGCUUCUUUCUUCACCUCCAGAAUAAAAGUGAUUUGAACCCUGAAGCAAAGGAUGGCGAGCUAGACUCAGUUUCAGAGUCAUCCAAAGGGGUUGCUAGCACAUCCACCACUGAAGUAGACACCGGCAUCCAUGUGCGGACGGAGGACAUCCAAGAGACACUAGAUGAGGACUCAUCCCUAAGGGAUUGUACUGUCAGUAUGGAGUUUGACACAGAUCAAGACUUUGAAGCAAGAGCUUACCAUAGCCAGGGCUCUACAAGCCCAUGUCCCAGCAGCCUAAGCAGCAAGUCCCCUGCUGGAAGCACCCCUGCUUUUACACCUGGGAUUAAGAUGACCAGCUUUGCUGAGCAGAAAUUCCGUAAAUUGAAUCCAAACGUGGAGCCUAAAGGUGCUGCUUCCCAGAGUACAACACCAGAUGGAUUAGAUCUCUGCAUUCCUCACUCUGUUUCCUGGGCUCCUUCACCUGAGGUCAGCCCUGCACAUCAGCCAUCCAAGGACCCGGCCCAGGCCAUGGCUGCAGAAAUGGUGCAGCUGCACAUGAGACUUGAGGAGAAGCGUCGAGCCAUUGAGGCUCAGAAGAAGAAAGUAGAGGCAGCUUUUACCCGACACCGUCAGAAGAUGGGACGCAGUGCCUUCCUCACAUUUGUCAAGAGGAAAGGAGUAGAUGGCACCUCACCUUCUCAGGAGGACACUCCUAGCUCAGAGGGAAGCAAGAGGCCAGCGGAGACACCUCAGCCAGUCAAGUCUCUGGUGAAGUCUGCGGGUGAGGACGGCACAUCCGAAGCGGACCUGAUAGAAUAUACACGUUCCAUUGAGAAGCUCAAUGCUUCCCUGAGCUUCUUGCAGAGUGAGAUGCAGCGGCUGGCCCAGCAGCAGGAGGUAAUCAUGCAGAUGCGGGAGCAACAGGCUUGGGUUGUGUCGCCACCUCAGCCUUCACCGCAAAAGCAGGUGCAAGAGCUCCGAGGGUGUGGGGCACGCUCUUCUGGGUCUCCCUCACCUGCGGAUUCUCCUAGAGCUACACACUGUUCCCCUACAAACCUUAGGAGGAAGUCUGCUUCUUUCCAUUCCAAGACACCAAGGACACCCAGACCCAGUGAGCUAAAGAUCACUCCCUUCAACCGAGUCCUGACUGUUCCACAGUCGGUGGACAGCAUACCACGCUUGAGAAGGUUCUCCCCAUCUCAGUCCGUGUCCUGCUCAUUUUCUUAUUUGGGAAAUGAGAAGAAACCACCAUCAGGACCUGAAGCUACAGACAAGGACAUAGAACAAGGCCUUGAGUCGUUGUCGAUUGAAUGUUCUUCUGGUACCAUCACCUCCCCAACCAAAGAAACCCAACAGGAUGUAACCGAAGUUGCUGACUUGUCAGCCAAGGAGACAGAAGAAAGGGGAGAGGAGAGCAAGAAGGAGAACGGACGAACAGAAGAAAGGGAACAGCUGAAGAAGCCAACAAAUGAGAUCAACCCGGUAGUGGAAUCUAGUGUGUCGGAAGUUUUGACGCAGAUCGUAAUGGAGACCGUCAUUGUCACUCCCACCGAGCCAGUUGAUAUCGCCCAUCAGACCAACACAAAUUUGAUUGAGGUUCCAUUGUCUGUUCUCAAGCCCCUGGAUGGACAGACGUUGCAAGAUGAAGGCGAGAAGGAGACUUCAGGGGAAAAUCUGGACGAUGAGCAGAAAAUGUGCUGUGGAUUCUUCUUUAAGGAUGAUAUGAAGGAAGAGGACAGCAUGGCCAUGAAGCGAGCAGCGCUUCUGGAGAAAAGGCUGAGAAGAGAACGGGAGAGCCAGCAGAGGAAACAGCAGCUGGAGGCGGAGCUUGAGCAAAAGAAAGAAGAGGCCAGAUUGAAAGCAGAGGAAGACCGCAUGAAGAAGGAAGAAGACAAAGCCCGGCGGGGGUUUAUCAAACAGGAGUACCUGAGGAGAAAACAGCUGAAGCUUAUGGAGGACAUGGACACGCUUGUCAAACCACGGCCUAUGGGGGCCAAACAGAGAAAACCACGGCCCAAGUCCAUCCACAGAGAUGUGAUGGAGUCCCCCAGGACUCCUGUCAGGGCCAUGGCAGGUUCACGACCUCGUGUUUUUUCAGUUUCCAGCCUGUCUCUGGCAUCUCUUGGAGAUAAUGACAGUGUCAACUCAGAUAAGAAAACACAAAGAAGCAACAGCUUAGCAUCUGGCAGUCUUUUCUUCUAUUUGAGCUCUCCUAGUGUGAGAAAUAGAAGGCCUGAUUCAGCAGACGGUUGCCUGUCGCCCACACGCUCCAGCAGCCAUAAUGGAGAGAAAGACUGGGAGAAUGGUUCCACCACAUCCUCACUAACAUCUAACACAGAAUACACAGGUCCUAAAUUAUAUAAGGAACCCAGUGCAAAGUCAAAUAAGCAUAUAAUUCAGAAUGCUUUGGCACAUUGCUGUUUGGCUGGCAAAGUCAAUGAGGGACAGAAAAACAAGAUUUUGGAAGAAAUGGAGAAAUCAGGGGCCAACAACUUCCUGAUCCUGUUCCGGGAUUCUGGCUGCCAGUUCCGCUCUCUCUACAUGUACUGCCCCGACACAGAGGAGAUCAACAAGUUGGCCGGCAUCGGUCCUAAAACCAUCUCGCGCAAGAUGAUCGUCGGCCUCUACAAGUACAACUCAGACAGGAAGCAGUUCAGCCAAAUUCCAGCCAAGACCAUGUCGGCAAGCGUCGACGCCAUCACGAUCCACAGCCACCUGUGGCAGACCAAAAAACCAGGAACGCCGAAGAAAGUAGCGGCCGUGAAGUCCUAGUGUUUCUAAACGCCGGACGUACACAAUCUCAAUGCACUUGUUUGUACAUAAUCGAAUCCUACAAUACUUUUUACACUCUUCUGUCAGCUGUCGUUCGGACACACAAGAUUGCGAAAACUAUGCACAACUGGAAUGUAAAACUCUAUGGGGUGGACACCCAAGACUGUGUGAUUCAAGUUGUUUUACUGCACCGCAUAAAUGUUGUUUUUAUUUAAAUGUGCCAAAAAAAAAAAAGGGGAAAAUAAUGAAAAGUUGUCAUGGAUGACCUGUUAUUUUAAUUUGGUACACUAAA